AUGAAGGACGACAAGGCCGAAGUCACCCACCUGGAGAGCCAUGCUCUUCCUGGGGACAAUGAUGUUGUUUUCGAACAAGAAGAAGUCGCCGUCAUGGGCACUGUCAGAUUGACAGACGGUGAUAUUGUUUAUGUCCCAACACCAAGUGCUGAUCCUCAGGACCCUCUGAACAUGACAACUUGGCACAAGUAUGCCGUCAUCAUUAUUAUUUCCAUAUUCUCGACUCUCGGCCUGGCCCUCGUUUCCGGCUUCGGUGGCCUUCUUGGCUUUUACAUUCCCGAGUAUGCUGCGGUAGGCAAAGACUAUGCAGACAUCACCCACCUCAUGACAUACCCUACGCUGUUCAUGGGCAUUGGCAAUUUGAUCGGCAUGCCUAUUGCGUACGCUGUCGGUCGACGAAUCGUCUUUCUCUUCUCAACAGUCAUCGUCAUAGUCGGUGCCAUUCUGUGCGCCAAGGCUCAGAACUAUGAAUGGCACUUGGGUGCGAGGAUGCUCUUGGGGCUCGCUGCCGGACAGAGUGAGGCACUCGUGCCAAUGAUAACACAGGAGAUUUUCUUCCUGCACGAGCGAAGCAGAGGUUUGAUGAUUCAGCAGACUGUACAGGUCAUUCUGACUGCAGUCGUGGUCCUCUUUGCUGGCCCCAUCGCCGAGGCAAUUACACCUCAAGGAUGGUAUGGCUUGGGUGCGGGACUGGCUGGUCUACAAUUGAUCCUGUCCAUCUUUCUCCUGCCAGAGACCAAGUACUACCGACCUGCUUCGGCUUUCCAAGAGAGCUCUGGUUCGGACGAGGAUGGCAAGCCACAGAGAAGUACCCAACGUGUUGAGCUCGACCUCGUCAACUACGCGCCGCGGACCUGGAGGUCAGACAUGCGCCUAUGGGUCGGCGAGCCGGAAUGGAAGAAGGGCUGGGAUACUUUCCGUCAGACCUUUGAGCUCAUUCUGUUUCCCAACGUCUUUUGGGCUCUCUGUCUCAACGGCGUCACCCUUGGCUGCAACAUUGCCAUUGGCACCACAUAUGGUACCAUUGUGACGGGCGCUCCAUACAACUGGCCACAGUCUUCUGCCAGCUACGUAAAUUGCGGUCAGAUUAUCACCGCCCUGGUUGCGUUGCCAUUCUUUGGUCACGGAUCAGACAAGAUUAUUCGCUGGUUCGCGGACCGCCGCGGGGGUUUGCACGAGCCCGAGACGCGCAUCAUACCCUUGAUCUUCCCCAUCGUGAUUGGCAUCAUCACCGCGGUGCUCUACGGUUUGGGCGCCGAAAACCCAGAGAAAUUCCACUGGUUCGUCUAUGUUUGGGGUGUAGCCGCCUAUUAUUUUGCCUUUGUCGGCGCCAAUAUCGUGGCCAUUACCUACCUCCUCGACAGCUACCCGGCCCGCGCCGGUCCCAUGUUGAUCGUCAUAUGUGCAUUCCGCGGCAUCAUCUCUUUUGGUGUCAGCUAUGGUAUCAGUCCGUUCAUUGAGAGUCAUGGAUAUGCAGCCACCUUUUCCACGUUUGGUGGUCUUACUGGAGCGUUUGGACUGUUGGGAGUGCCCGUCUACUUCUAUGGCAAGAGGAUUCGUCAAUACACCGGCAAGUUCUCAAAGGAUAAGUCGGAUUGA